UCCUAGAAAACUUACCCGAGGGGACCUCCGGGUUAGGGAGGGUUGACCGGAAGCCAGAUUAAGAUUGACCGGAAGUGAGGCCUGUGGACGGGAAGAGGAGAGAGCAGGCCCAGAGGGGUGGGAUUCUUGUGGGGAGGAUAGGGGGUGGGGGUGGGUAGAGAGACGGGAGACUUGCGCCUAGAACUGCCCUGGGGUGGGGGCCGGGCAGGGGACUGGCCGCUACCCGGGGUUGGGCGGCCCAGAUUUGUGUUUCUGCGCUCGCGCUCGGUGCUGGAGGAGCCCCGAGGGGUCUCGCCGCUGCUCCGGAGCCAGGGGCCGGGCAGGGGGGCCCGGAGUCCGGGGAGGGGCAGCCCUGGGCAGAAGGCCAGGUUUGGGGGUCGGGGUGGGCGUGUGCGGACUUCCCACUAGCCUCGGCCUGGUGGAGCGGAAUUGCACCCCGCCGCCCGGCUUGGUGCUCGCGAACACCCUUCUUAGCGUAGGAAAGGCCGUGUCCCUGUGGAAGGAGGCGAGAUGGCCUGGGCCCUGAAGCUGCCGCUGACCGACGAGGUGAUCGAGUCCGGGCUGGUGCAGGACUUUGACGCUAGUCUGUCCGGGAUCGGCCAGGAGCUGGGCGCAGGGGCCUAUAGCAUGAGUGAUGUCCUUGCAUUGCCCAUUUUUAAACAAGAAGAGUCAAGUUUGCCACCUGAUGAUGAGAAUAAAAUUCUGCCUUUCCAGUAUGUGCUUUGUGCUGCUACCUCUCCUGCAGUGAAGCUCCAUGAUGAAACACUCACAUAUCUCAAUCAAGGUCAGUCUUAUGAAAUCCAGAUGCUGGACAACAGGAAUGUUGGAGAACUUCCAGAAAUCAAUGGCAAGUUGGUGAAGAGUAUAUUUCGAGUGGUAUUCCAUGACAGACGACUGCAGUACACUGAGCAUCAGCAGCUUGAGGGCUGGAGAUGGAACAGGCCAGGGGAUAGAAUCCUUGAUAUAGAUAUUCCAGUGUCUGUAGGUAUAAUUGACCCUAGGGCAAAUCCAACACAACUGAAUACUGUGGAGUUCCUCUGGGACCCUACAAAGAGGACAUCAGUGUUUAUUCAGGUACAUUGUAUCAGCACAGAGUUCACUAUGAGAAAACAUGGUGGAGAAAAGGGUGUGCCAUUCCGAGUUCAGAUUGAUACCUUCAAGGAGAAUGAGAAUGGAGAAUACACUGAACAUUUGCAUUCAGCCAGCUGUCAGAUCAAAGUAUUCAAGCCCAAAGGUGCAGACAGGAAGCAAAAAACAGACAGGGAGAAAAUGGAGAAGCGAACCCCUCAUGAAAAGGAAAAAUACCAACCUUCCUAUGAGACAACUAUACUCACAGAGUGUUCUCCAUGGCCUGAGAUCUCAUAUGUCAAUAAUUCCCCAUCACCUGGCUUUAACAGUUCCCAUAGCAGUUUUUCAGUUGGAGAAGGGAAUGGUUCACCAAACCACCAGCGACCACCUCCUCCAAUUGCAGAUAAGUCUCCUACCAGCAGCUACCCCUCAAGAGCUCAACAGUGGUUACAUCGAAACCGAUUCUCCACCUUCUCACGGCUUUUCACAAACUUCUCAGGUGCAGAUUUAUUGAAGUUAACCAGAGAUGAUGUUAUCCAAAUUUGUGGCCCUGCUGAUGGAAUCCGACUCUUUAAUGCCUUAAAGGGGCGGAUGGUGAGGCCCAGGCUGACGAUUUACGUUUGCCAGGAAUCAUUGCAGUUGAGGGAGCAGCAGCAGCAGCAGCAGCAACAACAGCAACAGUCAGCAGAAAACAAGAGAAUGGAGACUAAAGGUGCUUUCUUUGUGUACCAUGCCAUUUAUCUGGAAGAACUCACAGCUGUGGAGCUGACAGAGAAGAUCGCUCAGCUUUUCAGUAUUUCCCCUUGUCAGAUCAGUCAGAUCUACAAACAGGGGCCAACAGGAAUCCAUGUGCUCAUCAGCGAUGAGAUGAUUCAGAACUUUCAGGAAGAAGCUUGUUUUAUUCUGGACACAAUGAAAGCUGAAACCAAUGAUAGCUACCACAUCAUAUUGAAAUAGAAAGGGAGCAUCCCAUGCUGGGUAGCUGCUACUUCCUUCACCCCUUGGACACUCCCCAUCUUGCAGAGGGAUAUGGAUAGAGAGUUGGAGGUCUGCAGGAGCCUGACUGAUGGAGAGUGGGAGGUGGGGUGGUGCUACACUCCGGAGGUGGAAUCCCAGCCCUCCAUUCCUUGUCCCAACCCUCUUGCCAUACACAAACUCCUGUCUGGCAUGCAGUUCUGCAACUAUUCUUAGUUACAAUUUCUGGACUGUGUUGUUGAAUAUUGAUAGAAACUUGUCACAUCAUUUAGGUUUUAUGUAGGGCGUCAUGAUGAUGGGAAUUGUGUGAUGUUUAAUUGAAAGACGUUAAAUUUUAUGAUAAUCUGGAGCCGUGUAAUUUUUUUCUAAUAUAUAAAUAAAAAUGAGUCUCCUUAUUCUUUAGACUACCCACCAACCAACUCCCCCAGAAUAUACUUGCAGUCUCUGCUUUCACUGCAGUGUAUUUGUUCCUGGAAAUCAGAAUGGUGGGGGAAAAAUUUUUUCCCAUGCACUGUAUACCCUGCCAUUACCCUCUUGACACCACAUGCAUUGCUGUGGUGAAAUGUGAGUUUACAUGGAGGAUUGAGGAAACAACUGCCAAAAGUGACCCAUUAGUAGGGUCGGAGAUAUGAAAAA